AUGCAAACGCGAUGCCAUCAGUUCCUGUUAGAAGCUUUGUCCCCUUGCUCGCAGGUGGGCUGCACCUGCCUGAGCGUGGGCCACCCGCUCCUGGUCGGCAAGACCUUCGACGUGUGCAUCAUGGACGAGGCUGGGCAGACACUGCCAGCUUUUGUCUUUGAGACAAGUCGUCCUCAAGACACAAUCAUCAUGUUUCAAAGACUAAUCAACCCUCAACGUUUUGUGUAUAUUCUCGAAAGUGACCCGUCAAAAUUGUUGCGCGCAGCGUUGGGUCUGGCGCGAAGCUUCUGCCUUGUAGGGGACCACUACCAGCUGCCGCCCCUCGUGCAGAACCGCGACGCGGCCGCCGGCGGUUUAGCGCAGAGCCUCUUCCGCCACCUGUGCGAGGCCCACCCGCAGGUUUUAAGGGCAAUGUUAUCUGUCAAACAGGUGCUGGACCCUGCGCGGCGGGUGUUGUGGCUGGACACCGACGGCGUUCCUGGGCCCGAGACGCGCGCGGCCGACAACACAUGCAACGCCACCGAGGCCGCCGUCGUGGAGCGCAUCGUGGAAGCCCUGGCCGACUCCGGCAUUCCCCUUGACUCCAUCGGCGUCAUCUCCCCCUACCGCUCGCAGGCGCGGCACCGCUGCUUCUUUUCAGGAGCGGCGGCGCGCGGCUGGGCCGGCCUGGAGACGCUGACGGUGGACAAGUGCCAGGGCCGUGACAAGGACGCAGUGAUCGUGUCUCUGGUGCGCAGCAACGCAGAGCGCAGCGCCGGGAAGCUGCUGGCCGACUGGCGCAGGAUCAACGUUGCGCUGACGCGGCCGAAGGUGAAACUGGCGGUGAUCGGCAGCCCGGCAACGGUGGCGAGCGUGCCGGUGCUGGCCGCGCUCUGGCGGCUGUGCUGCGAGCGCGGCUGGGCCGUGCGUCUGCCGCAGGGUGCCCCGCAGGGAUGA